ACCCGCUCUCCACCGCACUCGCAGUCUCGCUGCCGUAGAGUCAACUUCCAGCGCGUCCCAACACACAAACACAAACUUCAAAAUGUGCGACGACGAUGUUGCUGCGCUUGUAGUCGACAAUGGCUCCGGUAUGUGCAAAGCCGGUUUCGCCGGUGAUGACGCGCCCCGUGCCGUCUUCCCAUCCAUCGUGGGUCGCCCCCGUCACCAGGGUGUGAUGGUCGGUAUGGGCCAGAAAGACUCCUACGUCGGUGACGAGGCCCAGAGCAAGAGAGGUAUCCUCACCCUGAAGUACCCCAUCGAGCACGGCAUCAUCACCAACUGGGAUGACAUGGAGAAGAUCUGGCACCACACCUUCUACAACGAGCUGCGCGUCGCCCCCGAGGAGCACCCAGUCCUGCUCACUGAGGCACCCCUCAACCCUAAGGCCAACAGGGAAAAGAUGACCCAGAUCAUGUUUGAGACCUUCAACUCCCCGGCCAUGUACGUCGCCAUCCAGGCUGUGCUCUCCCUGUACGCUUCCGGUCGUACCACCGGUAUCGUCUUGGACUCUGGUGAUGGUGUCUCCCACACCGUCCCCAUCUACGAAGGUUACGCCCUUCCCCACGCCAUCCUCCGUCUGGACUUGGCUGGCCGUGACUUGACCGACUACCUCAUGAAGAUCCUCACCGAGAGGGGUUACUCAUUCACCACCACCGCUGAGAGGGAAAUUGUGCGUGACAUCAAGGAAAAGCUCUGCUAUGUCGCCCUGGACUUCGAACAGGAAAUGGCCACCGCUGCCGCCUCCACCUCUCUGGAGAAGUCCUACGAACUUCCCGACGGUCAGGUCAUCACCAUCGGAAACGAAAGGUUCCGUUGCCCUGAAGCCCUCUUCCAGCCUUCCUUCUUGGGUAUGGAAUCUUGCGGUAUCCACGAGACCGUGUACAACUCCAUCAUGAAGUGCGAUGUUGACAUCCGUAAGGACCUGUACGCCAACACUGUCAUGUCUGGUGGUACCACCAUGUACCCCGGUAUCGCCGACAGGAUGCAGAAGGAAAUCACCGCCCUCGCACCCUCAACCAUCAAGAUCAAGAUCAUCGCUCCCCCCGAAAGGAAGUACUCCGUAUGGAUCGGUGGAUCCAUCCUGGCUUCCCUGUCCACCUUCCAGCAGAUGUGGAUCUCCAAGGAGGAAUACGACGAGUCCGGCCCCGGUAUCGUCCACCGCAAGUGCUUCUAAGCAUCUCGUUAACCCUCGCGCCGCCGUCGCGGGCUAGCGGCGCUAGCGUCGCCGCCGCUGCGUGAGCGAGUGCUGUGUGUGCUGGUGCUCUUGUAUUGAGUUCGGAACGCAAGCAUUUUGUACGUUGUACGUAGUGAUACCUGACAGAACUGAACAUCUAAUAUAACGCCAUCUAUCGUAAUGUAAUUUAUUGUAAAAUUUAUAUAAAUUUAAUUUUCUUUUUUAUUUUUAUUAUACUUGGGAUCGUUGUGGAUCUCACGCCAAAAUGUAAUUAAUAAAUAAACGGUUAAUUUAUUUAUUUUAAUUACAUCAUUUCUUUUUAUACAGUCGUUGA